AUGAAGAAAUACCAUGGCUUCGUUCUCUCUUCCUUAGAAAAAUGCAGGACCAUGACUGAGUUGAAACAAUUACACGGGCUAAUGAUCACUACAUCAGUUAUCAAAAAUGUAAUCCCUCUCAGUAGGCUUGUUAUUUUUUGCGCGAAUGCCAAAUCUGGAGACAUCAAUUAUGCAAAGCCAGUUUUUAACCAUAUUGAGGUGCCUAGUUUAUACAUUUUGAACUCUAUGAAUAAAGGUUACUCUAACAGUAACAACCCAAAUUAGGCUUUGUGUAUGUACAGAGAAAUGCAGCAAAAGGGUUACUCCCCAGACCAUUUUGCAUUCCCUUUAGUGCUCAAAGCAAGUUCAGUAAUAAUUUAUCUAAAUUAUGGAAAAGAAAUUCUCAAUGGCAUUGUGAAAACUGGGUAUGAAUUGGAUGUGUAUGCUUCUAUUAGUUUAUAUGUGUCUUGCGCAGAUAUGGAAGCAGGGUUGAAAGUAUUUGAGUUUAUUCCAAAGUGGAAUUUGUUGGCUUGCACUAGUCUAUUUGCUGUGAAUGUUAAUAAGGGUUGGCCUAGAAAGUCCAUAGGAGUGCUUAAGGACAUGGUUUUGGAAUAUCCUAAUGAGAUUACCUUAGUGAAUACAUUAGUUGUAUGUGCUCGAAGUAGAGAUAAAGAUGCUGGAAACUGGGUUCAUAGAUGUGUUUGCCAACUUGGAUGUGAUCCCUUUGAGUCAAAUUUGAAUUUCAAUGUGAUACUUGCAACUGCCAUUAUGGAUAUGUAUCUAAAAUGUGGCAACUUGAGAUAUGCAAGGGACCUGUUCAACAAUAUGCCUCAAAGAAAUUUGGUCACUUGAAAUUCCAUGAUUGGUGAUUACAAUCAGUACGGUUGUGCAGUGGAGGCAUUAAAUCUAUUUUUUGAUAUGCUGGUUGUUGGAUUUGUACCGGACAAAGCUAUCGUUUUGAGUGUGAUCGGUGCCUGUGCUCAUUUAGGGGCUCCAGCAUUGGGACAAAGUAUUCAUGCUUACAUAUUAAAAACAAAUAAUGGUGCAGAUACUUGUAUUGGGACAGCACUAGUGAACAUGUAUUCCAAAAUUGGAAAUGCAAUAGGUGCUCAGGAGGUUUUCUCUAAAUUGGAAAAGAAAGAUGAGAUGGCACGCGCUAGUAUGAUCACCGGCUUAGCUAUACAUGGACUUGCUAAGGAGGCACUAAAUACUUUCAAGAGAACUAAUGUUAUUCCUGAUGAGAUCACAAUCACUGGGAUUUUGUGCGCAUGUAGCCAUGUUGGGUUUCAAAGACAUUUUGCCUAUGAGGUAUAUGGCAUAGAACCAAUAGUUGAGCAUUAUGGUUGCAUGGUUUGUCUUUUGAGUUGAGCAGGCUACUUUGAAGGGGCAGAGAAAUUAGUGAAGAAAAUGUCAAUGCAACUGAAAUGUUGCAUAUGGGGUGCUCUUUUAAAUGGUUGUGAGAUUCAUGAAAAUGCAAAUCUACCUGAUCAAGUGAGAAGCCGCAUAACAUAGUUGGAACCUCAAGGUAGUGGGGUCUUUGUUCUUCUUUCUAAUAUAUAUGCUAGGGCCGGGAAAUGGCAAGAAGUAUAGUAUCUUAUGGUAAAUAGAAGGAUUGCAAAAACUCUUGGGUAUAGUGCAGUUGAACUGAAAUUAUUGAGUUCAAACAUCAUUCUAACAUCAAAUACAAUAGUCUAA